AUGGACACUGAUAAGUUGUCAUCUACAGAUAUUCAGAUAAAGCUAAAAUUUCAAGGAUUUGCAAAACAUAAUCAAGGCAAACCGGUACCGACUGGUAAACCGGUCAUCGGUAUACUGGCCGGUACCGGUACGAAUAUAAUCUUGAUUUUGAUGAUCUUUCGUUCAACUGAAACAAAACCAGUGCAGAAGGAAACUGAUCAAUUGUGUGUUAUCGACGAAACAUCAUGUAUUAAAGAUGAAUUACAUAAAAUUCGUAAUGCCUUAAUCAAAGUGAAUCGAACGGUACACUCUAUUGAGAAUCAGGUGAUUAGUAGCAUUAGAACGACCAGUACAUUCUCUUCGCUUAUUGAUUACGUAAUAAGGCAGGUAACUGAUCAAAAUCAAAUGCCAAGAUCAGUAUGGUCUCAUCGUUUUGCUCAAGAGAACAAUAUUGCCAAAGAGUUUCUUAUUGAAAUAACAAGCGAUAUGCAUGAUACAAUGUUAUUGUUUUACAACACCAUCGAAGCAUUAAUUACACACGGGCAGAGUUUAACAGGAAUUGAUGGAUUCCAAUGGAUAGAUCCAGAUUCGGGACCCAGAAGAACAUUUGGAGAGUACUUGGAUAAAUGUUUCAGAGACAUUCAUAAUGAUUUGAGACGUGAUGUUAUAUGUCAAAUUCGAAACAUUCUUUCUUCCUAUUCUACUCAAUGGUCAUCGAACAAUCCUAAUGAAAAACAAAUACAUUUUCCACAAUAUCAAUUGUCUCGCGCUUCACCGUCGAUACAGUACAGGGCAAAAAGUGUUGUAUUGGUAUACCCUUUACCAGAUUCAGCAAGGCUGUUUACAUCGAAAAUGGAAGAAGUUUUGCUUUUGGGUUCGAUGAAUGUUGCAUAA